UAUUCGUAAUUGAAUGCAAAGUACCUUCUUUCGUAAUAUUCUGAUUCUACAAUGUGUAUUGUGACGUGGCAGCCGAAGGGCGCCCGUCACAAGGACGAGAGAGUUCCGUUCGCCUGAUUUCGCGUAUACCGGAAAAAGGGGGGGGGGGUGCAUAGCACUCCCGGAUAUUUUGGUGAUUAAAAACGACAGCUUUCCGCGGUCAUAUCGAUCGAGCGUAGAGGGGGGUUGAUUAGCGAAACGUAUGCGGUUCUGCAAGUGGGAUGGUCAUCGCGCCCUACGAAAAUGUGCCCCCAACUCUCCUCGUCGAACACGAAGGGCAGAGACUCCAGGACACCGAGGGAACCAGAAGAAAGAGGAAACGUUAUCGGCCUCAAGGAAAGUCGCCGUUUAAAUGGUAAGUGACAGUACUUUAACUCUCGUACAUAAGAACGUGUUAUCAUUCCGAUUUCGGCUGCCGCUGGCGAUAUUUGUUUACAGCACGCUGCUAGACGCGGGACGGAGAGGCAAGGAGACUCGCAACAGCUGGCAACAAAGCAGGUGGCACGGAAACACGGAGAUCCCGGCGAGACAACAGAGAGAGAGGGAGAGGGAGAGAGAGAGAGAGAGAGAGAGGGGGGGGAGGUUCGCCGAGCAGAGAAAAAGCGAGAAUAAUGCGAGAUCAAGAGACUUGCUCGUGAUCGACGAUAGUUUUUGCACACGACUCUCGUGACUUUCGAACAUUGCGUUUUCUUUUGUGUACCGUACUCUCGUAAGACUCAGGACAUACCGCACGGAAGUCCGAGUUUCCUGGAGUAUCGCGAUACUAGAGUGAUCUCUCGAGGACAAGUAUAUCUCGCGGGACUCCUGGAGAGUGAGCGACCACGGUCCUGAACCUCCUAGCGGCGAAGCUCGGGCACAGAGCGGCGAUAUCGAGGCGGAGGCGAACAGCGAGAGGCGAGGCGAGCGACCCGGAGGGAAGACGAGGAAGAGUUCGACCAAUUGUAAGACCUCCCAUUCGUUUGCAAUUAUUAUCGUUGUCGUGGAAUUGUCGUCAGUAGUCUACCGCAUGCCGAGUGGUCGCACGAACUUAUUUGAGAGAUCCAAAUUAGGAGCACAUUGAUUAGCGAACGUAUCGACACGAGCGAGAUAGGGAUAGCGCCCGGAAUACGCCUGUACCGAUAUAAUAAAGGAUCUAUACCGAAGUUUCGAGUGCCUUCUUUUCCCUCGGCUCCCAACCAUAAAAGAAUAAACCCAGCCCUACUCCGACUAAAAUAAAAGAAGAGCUACCGGUCCCGUUCUGUCCCCGCGAUAUCAGAGACGGGCGGUAAUUUAGAGAUCUUGGCGAGUGAAUAUUAGUGAGGAGGUGCGGCCUUACCGCACCUGGCGCCCAACUAGCAUUAACGAGCCCGAAACGAGAUCCGGGGAUCGCGGUAGUUUGUCGACGAGGCGGACAGACGACUGUCCGCCACUAUUGAUAAUAAAAAUCGUCACAGUAUUAACAUGAACAACUGUUUUUAGAAAAUGUUCAAUGCGCGGCAGGAUACUUGGGCUAAGUGGAAGAAAAUACAACGACCCGCUCCAGAUCAUAUCGAUGAGAUUCCUAAUAAUGAGAAAGUGACUAGUAAAUUAGACACUUUAAAUGAAUUGAAACACCGCGUUUCAUUACUGACAACAGAAAAUAAUUCUCUCCACAGCGAAAAUAUGAUACUGCAAAAAUAUAAAGAGUUACUGGAAAGUUUCCCAGAAGUAGUGAGAAACAUUAAUGUCAUUAAACGUGACAUUAAAUAUAUUAAAACAGAAAUUAAUGCUCUUAAAAAAGGAGAGACUGAAGUUGACAUUAUAACUUCAAAAACAACUUGCAAGCCGAUCGAAGAAAGUCACGUUCCCAUCAAGGUGCGGCAAAAGCAAAAUGAUAUCAAUACAUUAACAUGCGAUGAAUCCCAGAUGAUGAUUGAAGUCGGCAAUGCUAGUUCGGACAUAUUUGUUUCCAAGUCAUUUGAAGAAAACACUGAUAAGACGACACAGUUACAAUUACCGAGUCUAAUAUUCUUGAAGCGGCAUCCAAAAAAUUCGAGCUGUUUUCCACUAGAGUCGCUAAAUGCGACCAUUCCAAUGCAGCUCGCCUUACGAGCGACCUGCUGUCGGUAGUUUUUCCCAAACAGGAGUUAGCAAUAUCUUCUCUGACUGGUAAAGUCAGCCACUUUCAAAUCCAACAAGGUGUUGCUGAUGAAGUGCCAAAUGUUGCCGACAGGGAUAAUGGUAAUGCAGGGGGAGAGGGAGAAGGAGAAACUAAUUAAAUUAUUUUAUAGUUAUACGUCAUAUUUUGUUGACUUUAUUCGUUUUAUAUUACGUAGCUUUAAAACGUUAAUGUAUAUGACAUGUAUUAAAAUAAAUAAUUAACGUGCAAUUGAAAUAUCCUUUAAUACACUUUUAUUUUGUAUAUUACAAUAUGUCACAAUUUUAAUUCGAUGUCUAACGUAUGAAUUAACGGAAUGAAAAUAAAUUCGUUGUGAUAUGGUAUAUAAAACAACUUACAUUUUAUCUCGCUUAACUGAUACAAUUUCGCGUCGCGGAAAUCGCAUACGUAUUUUGUAUGCCCUUCAGAAUUUUUAUUAAGUAUACCUUUUGAAGCGAAAAUAUUCAAACGGGAUGAUGCAAAAGGUUUUGUAAAGAAAUCGUACUUGCUUUUAAGACUAACACCGUACACGUGGAUUGCAUUCUCAAAAUAAGUUGCAUUUUUCAUCGAUACAAUCUCUUCAUUAUUUGUUAAGAAAUAUCUAUUUUUAUUAUCGCAUAAAACAAAAUCAUUUGUUAAAUUUAGCUGCUUAUAAACGUUUGUACACGUUGGCACCUCAUGUAUACCAUUGAUAGUUUCAUUUGCAACAUUUAUGUUACAAUGACUUGUACUUUUUGAUGACCAAUUCAUUGUUGACAAUUCAAGAAUUCGCCGACUAAUUUGACUGAGUGGCAGAUUACCACUAUGAACUAAUCUCUUUAUGUGUCCGAGAUAAUUUUCGAACGGAUAUGAGCUGAUUCCAGGUAAAGGACCAAACUUUUUUACGUCAUCUAUCACAUGACAAAUAUUAUGCACAUUACUGCUUAUAGAAUCUAUUCCGUAGAUGUCUAUAAAUUUCUCAAUAUAAUCGUUUAAUAAAAUUUCAGCAAUACUUAAAUAUUUAGAAUAAUAUUUGCAUGAAAGAAUCGUAAUUGCGCUACUGAGGUUUAGAAAAUGUUCAUAACUUUCUGAUGAUAACAAAUUUGUUAAAAGUACGGGACCAAGAUAUAACAAAAGAACUCGAUAUUCCGCACCUUUCCAAAAUUUCAGGUGUUUUAGCGAACGUAUAGCUCGAUGAAUAUCCAUCGGUUUUGUUUCAUUACAUGCUUUUAGCAUUUCUGAUAAUUCAUCGGCUUGAGUAUUUGAUAAUUUUGUCCGGAAAUUAUAACUUCCUUCGCGCCAUCCAUAUAAACAUCUACGCAUGAUACCUGUAUACAAAUAUUUUAUUACGUCACAAAAAAUUAAAAAAUAACAGUUUAAGAGAGAGAGAGAGAGAGAGAGGCCAGGACUAUAAUAAAAAAUUUAAAACAUACCUAAAU